AUGGGCUACUCCCCAGGUCUGUCCCGCCAGCUGCGGGUUCUCUGCCACCCAGAGAAAGCAGAGGCUCAGACAGCGGAGCCUGGGGGAGCCCACGCAGUCUGUCUGGCCCCGCUGCGUGUGACGGGACUUGAGGGCAGCGAGAUGGAAUCAGAAAGAGAAAUCACCGACCUUCAGCCCGGGAACGCCGGCCCCGGGGGGAGCCAGCCCGUCAACCUGAACCAUUACGCCACCAAGAAGAGCGUGGCCGAGAGCAUGCUCGAUGUGGCUCUGUUCAUGUCCAACGCCGCGCGGCUGAAGGCGGUGCUGGAGCAGGGGCCGUCCUCUCGCUACUACGCCACCCUCGUCACCCUCAUCAGCAUCUCGCUGCUCCUGCAGGUGGCCAUCGGCGUCCUCCUGGUGGUCAUCGCGCGGCUGAACCUGAACGAGGUAGAAAAGCAGCGGCGACUAAACCAGCUCAACAAUGCUGCCACCACCCUGGUCUUCCUCACGGUGGUCAUCAACGUUUUCAUCACAGCCUUCGGGGCACAUAAUUCAGGGGACCUGGCCGUCAGGGCCUCAAGGAAUCUGCUCUGAAACCAGCCUGGGGCCCAGGU